AUGAUGGAUCCAUCAAGUGCUCUUGCUGGUGUUGAGUUUUGCUACAGACUACAAAUCGACUUCAUCCAGCGUAUAUCGAAGUCCCUAGACGCCGAACACCGCCGCGUUCUCAAUGACACUCUCGGCCGCCUUGCGACAACGCUCUCUUCGGCUAUCUCAAAGAUUCAGAAGGUCCACGACAAGACCUCCGAUGCACGGCCCGGAUUUCUGGCAUUUGCCAGCAGAGUCAGGAGGGGGAAAUAUGUGCUGGUUAAAAGUACUCUGGAUGAGGUAAUCUUGGAGUUAGAGGACUGGCAGAGACGGUUCGACCCGUCGUUCUACCUAAUCAUGAGGAUUGCGGAUCCUGUGAUAGAUGAGCAGCUAAAAGAGGCAACGAAGCAGGCCAAGGAACAGAGGCGAACGGCAUCAGCGGCGUCUGCAACAGCUGGCGCUGGCAAUCACCAAGGGCAAGGGUCGCCGGCGCAGUCGUCGUCUCGCACUGCACGAGUCAAUGAAAGAUCUCCGCUCACCAUUGCUGAUGGCGUGAGGAACGUGCUACGGCCCGACCCGCCUCAUGUCUCUAUCUUCCUCCCCCAUCAGCCACUCGAGACAAUCUCUAUACCCUUCUCCAAGGCGCAAGCUGCGUGUCGGCGCACUCAUGCUGGUACACAGUGGUUCAUCCUCGACACACUCCACAUCCGUCCUACCAGUAAUGUCAAUGCCGUCACGGAGGAUGUGCGAAAACUCGCGCGAAAGCUGUCGCGUGCUGACCCUCUUACCUUCGGCCUUUUAAAUUGCAAGGGGGCAAUGCGUAUGCUCGAUGCCCAGCGACGAGGUGUCAUUGGAUUCCAUCUUAUUUUGCGAGCACCCGAGGGCAUGGAGAUUCUACAAAGCCUACGGCAGGUGCUACUCAAUAGCCCUGUAUCAGGCAAUACAGGGCCAGAUGGCAUUGGCACGGAGGGGAUGAGUAUGUCGUUGACACGCCGGGUACGCAUCGCUAAGGAGCUCGGCAAAUCUAUCAGUUACGUGCACACCUUCAAUUUUGUGCACAAGAACAUAUCUCCCGAAUCCAUCUUACUCUUUGAAGACUUGUCAUCAUCGCACAGCGCCACUUUCCUUGUAGGAUUCGAUGACUUCCGCUCUGUAGAUGGCGGCACAGCUCUGAUAGGUGAUGUAUCGUGGGAGAAGAAUGUCUACCGCCACCCUAGCCGGCAGGGCGAGUUUCCCGAGGAGGCCUACCGCAUGCAGCACGAUGUCUAUAGCCUGGGGGUAUGCUUGCUUGAAAUUGGCUUGUGGGAAUCUUUUGUGGACUAUACCACGGAUGAUCCUCCGCUGCCGCGAUAUGGUAAGUCGUACAAUAAUUUCAUGAUCUGGGUCAGGGGCCAAAGCGAGGAAUCUGACCAGCAAUCCUCGAAUGCGUCGUAUAUGGGCUUUAUGGCCAGCAAGCUCAAGGAAUAUCUCGUCCUUUUAGCAAGAUCGCAGUUACCACAGAAAAUGGGCGAUCGAUAUGCAGAAAUAGUUGUCUCCUGCCUAACAUGCCUAGAUGAAGAGGGUAAUGGCUUCGACGACUGGGAUCCGGACGAAGAUGAUAUUCGUCUAGGAGUCCGGUUCAAUGAUAGAAUACUAGGUCGUCUCAAUGAGAUCAUCAUCUAA